ACCGCACACAGAGGCCCAGAGGUGAGGGGGUGCCAGGUGUCCCGGGCAAGGAGGACUGCGUGGGGGUGCUGGGAGCUGCGCGGGGGGAGGGGAACUGCAGGGCAAAGAGCUUGGACGCCGUCCUGAGACUUUGGCAGGUCCUGGCACUAAAGGGGGAGCCACAGCAGGCCAGGCUGCAGGGGCCUUCCUAGGUCCCCCCAGUUCCUUACCACAAGGAUCCCUGAGUUUGGUGGGUAACUCCAGGAGAGAAAAGGACCAGGGCACUCCCUGGCCAGCCUGGGACUGACACACAGGCACCAGGGCCUUGGGGCCCAAGGACCCAGUGGCCCAGGUAGGCAGGCCGCGCAAGGAGGGCCUGAGGGAGGCCAGCUGGAGGGCCAAGGUGAGCCCUGUGCGGGAGGCCUGUCUGGAGGGGAUGUCUGGUGACUCAUCACCGAUUUAUCCCUGAAGAUAAACAGCCUGUGGCUGUUUAGAAAGUGGCAGAUGAGUGCUCACUGGCAAGGUGCCCACGGCCCGGGAAUGCCCAGGAAGGCCCUCGGGGGAGGCCGGGGGACCAGGGCAGGGCCUGGAGGACAGUCAGGGGUGAAGGUGGGGGUUCCAGGCAGCUCCCUGAGACAGGCUCCAGAGCUGGGCAGCAGGCUAGGCCUCCUGGGCCCACCCGGACCGACCAGACAGUGACGGUCUGGCUGGAAAGAGAGGGCCCAGGGGACACAGGGCCGCCUGGCCGGCCUGAGGAGGCCGAGAGAGCUCAGAGAGCAGGUGGAGGGGUGUCCAGCGGGAGGAAGAGGCUGGAGCGGAGGACCUCGGGAACUGAGGAGAGCUGGUCACCAGAUGGGGAUCUGGGGACACAGGAACAAGUGGCUUUGUCCCGCAACAGGCGGAGAAGGCCAGGUGGUCCCCAGGGCCCGGGGGAGGGGCUGGCGGCAGCGGGGACAGAGAGGCCUCUGUGAGGGGAAGCGCCCAGCUGGCUGGAGCCCACAAUCCUCUCGGGGCCCGCCCGUGGCAAGAGAAAGAGGCUCCAGAGUCGGUGGUGUCUGUGCUCGAGACCCUCAGCGAAGAGCGCCCAGGGGAGCUAGAGGGGGCAGAAGGGUCCCUGGGGGCGGGGUGUACUCCCCAGGCUUACCCCAAGAGGCCACCUGGGGACAGGUUUUGUAUUGGACGCCAGGCCCCGCCCCUCGGAGAGGUAGGCCAGGCGGCCAAUCCGAGAGCGGUAUGAGCCGCGGCGGAGGAUACGUGUGGUGGCGGCGGGGAGCAGAAGGGGGUCCCCUGGGGUCUCCCUCCCUCACCCAAUGAGGCCCGGGAGGGAGAAGGAGUGGGCGGGAGCCGCCCCUACCAGCUCUGGGCCUCCGCGCGCCCCCAGCUCCUACAGGCACGGAGGCGGGAGCGCCCUGGGAGCUGGCCCCUCGGCCGGAAAAUCAAACCCGGCUGGCGGCCUCUCAGCCAAUCAGGGAGAAGAUGAGCCGGCCUUAGCCAAUGGUCGCAGCGAAUGCUAAUGAGCACUGACGCCACGAGGAGGCCCAUUCAAAAAGUAGCAGCUAUUGUCGCUGCGGGGUGCGUGCGCCUCUCCGGCCCCGCAGUCGAGCUGCGAGGGGAUCGGGCCCGGGCCCGGGCCCACGCGGGGACUCAGCCUGGGGCGGGCCCAGCACGGAGCCCGGCUGGCGGGCCCAUGGCCGGAGCCGCGAUGGCCGAGCCGGGCCGCCCGCCGCCCGCCGCGCCCCCGGAGCCCAGCACAGAGGGGCUGCCGCGCGCCUUCCUGCAGAGCCUGCGCACCCUCUUUGACAUCCUGGACGACCGACGGCGCGGCUACGUGCACCUGCGCGAGAUCGAGUCCCGAUGGCAGGGCGCCGACGCGCGCGAGCUGCCCUGCGGCGUGCUCGAGGGCUUGCGCCAGGUGGCCCCGGCCAGCGGCUACCUGACCUUCGAACGCUUUGUGGCCGGCCUGCGCACCUCGCUGCUGAGCGCCGACGGAGGCCCGCGAGGCCCGGCGCGCGCGGCGACCCGGGGAGGAGGACCAGCGCGCCCGGGGGGUCAGCCGCCGCCGCCGCCUCCGCAGCGCCUAGUGUUCGCGCCCGCGGACGAGCCGCGGACGGUCCUGGAGAGGAAGCCCUUGCCGCUGUGUGCGCGCCCCCCAGCGGCCGACCCCGCAAGCACCUCCCGGAGUCUAGAAAAGUUGUGCAGCCCCGCAGAGGCGGCGCCGGGCCUCGCGGAGCCGGAGCGGCCACAGGGAGCGGCGCUGGAGCGGAGCCCGAGCGCCGACGCUGGUGCCAUGGCCUGCAGGGCCUGGGAGCUAGGCGUGGGGGACGCGCGGCGGGCCCCCCGCGCCCGAGGCGAACGGCGGAGGCACACCAUCACCCACGGAGUGGACUGUGACCUGCUGAAGCAGAUGGCGGAGCUGGAGCAGGAGAAGGAGGUGCUGCUGCAGGGGCUGCAGAUGACGGCCCGGGGCCGCGCCUGGUGCCAGCAGCAGCUGCAGCGCGUGCAGGAGCGCCAGCGCCGCCUGGGCCAGAGCAGGGCCAGCGCCGACCUUGGGGCUGAGGGGAGCCCCCGCCCGCUGGGAAGACUGCUGCCCAAGGUGCAGGAGGUGGCCCGGUGCCUGGGGGAGCUGCUGGCCGCAGCCUGUGCGGGCUCAGCCCCGCCCCCCUCCUCCUCAGGGGCCUCGGGCCCCGCCUCGCCCCCGGCGCCAGGCUGGCAGCAGCAGACCAUCCUGAUGCUGAAGGAGCAGAACCGGCUGCUCACCCAGGAGGUGACGGACAAGAGCGAGCGGAUCACACAGCUGGAGCAAGAGAAGUCCGCCCUCAUCAAGCAGCUGUUCGAGGCCCGCGCCCUCAGCCAGCAGGACGCCGGGCCUCUGGACUCCACCUUCAUCUAGUGGCCACCGGAAUGGCCGUGGGCCUCUCAGCCUGGCGCAGGCCUGGGCAGGCACGGGCCGCCCGGACGUAGCCCUCCCUCCUCCGCAGGUGGGCGGCCGCCAGGAUGCCCUUUGGUCCUGGCUUGGGGCUGGAGGGCUGGCCUGGGCAGGACUCCACUGUGCUUGCACAUCUUGAGCUGCUGCUGCUGCCACAGUUGCGGCAGUGGAGACCCGUCCUCGUGUUUACCAGGUGUCAGGCCGCCCGGGUCAAGGGGGCUCGCGGCUGCUCUGCCCAUGUUUACAGCGGGCCUGUCGCUGCUCCCACCUGCGGUCUCCAGUGAAAGGCGCUGGUCCCGCUAGGCUGCACUUCUCACAGCAGCCAGCAGAGGGCACCACCUUCAUGCUGCUCUUGGGCCCUGGAGCGCCCACAGGGGAGUCUCUCGGGGAUGGGAUAUUCAGGGACCUGUGCGGGGCUGGGACACCUGAGGGUGCAGCAGGUGACUGGGCCUGGGGGCUCAAGGGCAUCUUCUCCCAACCUAGGGCACCAAGACUAGGGGUGAGAAAGGGGUGGGGUCUACCUGUGCCUAGCUCUAAGCCCCCCCUCCCCCUGCCCUGGGAUGGCUGAGGGUUCCUGAAGUGGGGCUGGAAGGGUGGCCACGCUGACUCCGGACCCUAAACCAACCUGGGGGUUAGCCGUCGUCCCUCCUGGCCAAGGCUCAACCCAGACGUGCCCACGUGGCAGUCUGUGACCCGGGCCUGGCCCCUUGGGUCUGCCAGGCAACUGGGCUGGGCGCCUUAGGUGGCCAGCUGACUCCCGGGGGUGGGGGGAGGCGCGGGGAGCCUGGGAAUCCCAGGCGUGCCCCAAGGUACCUGGUGGGCACCCCACCUGUCGUAGCCUCCCUCCCCUCCAGCUCAGCCCCCAGAUCUGGGCCGCGGGACAGCACUUUGCUCAGAAAAGGGGAGCUGCGGGACUCGGGGAGAGGCUGGGGGCAGGUCCCCCUGGGAGGGGGGCAGAAAGCAGGCAGGACCACAAGGCCGGGGUAUCGUCCCCAGCACCCAGGCGGACUUGCGGUGCCCUGGUCAGACCAGUGCCAGCCAAGGAGCCGUCCUGGUCAUCGGGUUGGGCCUGUGCCCUGAACCAGCCCCGCGCCUGAGCCGCACUCACUGGGGGUCGCUCAGCUCCCGGACCUCCAAAUGCAGCCCAUGACGUCUGCAGAACUGGAGACCACCGUCCCCCUGCUCCUGGUCCUUCCCGGAUCCUGUCGCUCACGGACCCCGAGCCCCCACCCGAGUCCCCGGUGGCCCACUGUAGCUGCGUGACCCACCUCCCACAUAUGGGCUUUGUACAUGCUGCUCCAUCUGGAGGUCGAAGCAGCCGGGGCCCUGGGGAGACCGGAGACAGGACACAGGUCUGCCGGGGGCGACUGUCGUCGGAGACCUCCCAGGUGAAGCUGACCCUUAGGCGGAGGAGACAGGGAGAGUGGCCUCCCUUGGCCCUGGUGUUCCAUGCAGGGUGACAUCCAGUUGCCUGUGUGGCCCUGGAGGCCUCAAGGGCAGGAUCUGAGGCGGUCCCAGGUCGGCAGGGCCAGGCCACAGGCAGAGAGAGGCAAACAGCUCUGGAGAGUCCCCGGCCUGGCACGGUGAAGUUUGGGGUGGCAGGGGAAUCGGGGCUCCCGUUCCCUGCAGGGUGCUGAGCCGCAUUCCCCACUUCUAACUGGACCCCCAGAAACAACCAAAAUGGCUGAGACGCUGGGGGGGGGGUUACAGAUAGCUCUGGGUGGGGACCUUUGCCCCCAAGCAAUGCAAGUUCCAAGGAAAAUGAGCAUCUUUGGGUUGAAAGCAAGCUUUCACAAACACAAGGAAAGACUCCACCGUGACGGGCAGCAGAAACCACGGACGAGCGUUUUCAGAUGUUGGAGUUACCAGAAUAUAAAGUAACUUAUAUGUCUAAGGAAAUAAAAGAUCUUUUGAAAUGUGAACAA